AUGCCAAAUCAACUUGCCAAAUUCAAUAUAAUCCGUGACGUGAUGAUCUGUUAUAAUGAUAAUUGAUAAAAAGUUUGCAAUGAUAAUUUUUUUUAGGAAGUAAACUUUGAACCUGUUAGAUAAGUAAUAUGUUAACUGUAAGUAGAACGUUUUAAGAUCCCGUUAUGUCUUUAUCCCCACAAGUUUUGAUGUCGAGUGUUGCGCGUGAACGGUGUAUCGCAAAUAUAAAAGAGCUGCCAGGAUUUUUCUUUAAUAAGGAAAAACCUAAACACAACGCCUCUGUUUUGGUGCCUUUAUGUGUGCAAAAUGGCGAAGUAUAUUUGUUAUAUACUCUUCGAUCUUCAAACUUGAAAAACCAUAGUGGACAAGUAUCGUUUCCUGGUGGUAAAAAAGAUGAAGGUGAAAGUGUAGUGGAAACAGCUUUACGAGAAACUGAGGAGGAGAUAGGUGUUUCUCCCGAGAAAAUAGACGUAUGGUGUGAAAUGCCACAAGUGCAGGGAAGAAAUAAAGAUAUGCUUAUCACACCUGUAGUUGGUGAAAUAAUAAAUUUCGACCCAAAUGCGUUGCGACGUAACUUUAAUGAAGUAGAUGAAAUAUUUACUGUGCCAAUGAAAGAACUAUGUGAUGUCAGAAAUCAUGCGCACCUCAAAUAUGAGAAGCAACCAAUACCUAUUUUCCUAUGUGAGAAACACAAAGUAUGGGGUAUAACAGGACUCAUAACUCACUUAUUUUUACAGUGUUUUUUGCCCCCUGAAGUUUAUAAAGGUGACUUUUUAAGGAAGAGAUUUGCAUUGGAUGAAUUAUUGCCAUCAAAACUCUAACUAUAGUUUAACCUGGAUAGGCAAGAGACCAAAGGACUGCACUUAUUUCUCACUUGUAGAGGUUUCUCUCUAACUUGAGGUUUUUGCUUAUAGAGGUUACUUGUCAGGACUAGAUAAUGAUUUUCAUGCACAGAGGUUUUUAACUUAUCCAGGUUGGACUGUAAUAAUGUCUAAACAAAAUAGUCGAAGCAUAGCUAACUAUUAAAAAAAAGUGAAUUAGGUAAGGACUAAUAAUAUGUCACACAUAAAAAUAGAAUAUGAUUCUUACAAUGAUAAACAGUACUGUAAUUUUUAUUUUUUUAAUUUAAUGGACUUAUUAAUCCUGGCAGAAUAAGAUUGAUAUAAGAGAAAAACAUAAUAAUUUGGAAAGGGAUAUUUUUUUUAUUUGUAUAAAAACAUUUUUUUAUUGCCUGUACUUUUUACAAGCUUGUAUACUGCAAUUGU